AUGGUUAUGAAACGAAAUAAAGCAGAACGAAGGACGAGAAUGAAUGCACAUGAAUUUACAGAGGUGUAUGUCGACGACAACACUCUACUAGCGCCAAAGGUGUUGGCGCAGUCGGUCCUCCAGUGUUUCCUCCUAUUCCUCGAUGAGCUGGGGGUCCCCUACGCGCGGCACAAGAUUCAGCUUGGAGAAGUAGUCGAAGUUCUCGGUCUGGUUUUCGGCUUCAGCGGCCCGAUCCCGUGCUUCUACAUCUCGGAGAAGAGAAAAGCACAAGUGUCCGCUCUCAUUGAUGCCGCGUUGGCCGCGGGCGAACUGCAUCAACAUCAGGCCCAGCGACUGCAGGGCAAGGUGAUGUUUAUUUUUAAUAGUUUAGUAGAUCGCGCGCUCAAUCCAAUUUUACGGCCUCUGAUCAACAGGGCAAAUGAUGUCGCCGUGUCCUCCACGAUAGGGAAUCGCCUGAAGGAUUGUUUGCUCGCCGCUCCAGGCCUAUUCUUCGAGGAAGAGCUUAUGUCAGAUGACCAAGACUUUUUAUCGAAAAUUCUAGCAAUGCGCCCAGUCUAUGGGGCAGUGUCUUCAAAUUCAUAUUUUGAAGAUCUAGAUUAACAAUAAUGCAGAAGCGUCGUGGUUCAUUGUGCAUCCCGUGUCAUAAAAAUUGGAAAAAAUACCUGUACAAUCCAGUCCGCAUAGCACUCAGUAACACACAUGACACAUUCUCAACAAAAAAAAAAUCGUAGUAAAACAUCAAUCACCGCAUUCUCCUCAAGUCAAAAAUAGACAAGCUAAAUGCAAUGGCUCGCAAGUCCAGCAGGGAUCAGUGGUUUUCCGGGAUUCAAGAUAGACACUGACACUCUGUUCCCUUCUGCCGCGAAAGAAAAAUCAAACGAGAGUAAAAAGCCGUCAAACCACUUCACAACAACUGUCGCUUCAAAGCGGAUUUCGAAACGAGAAGUAGUGGGAGAAGGAAGAGCGGAGCGUCUUCCGUGUCGCGUAUCAAAGUGAAAAAAUCUCGCAUUGCACCAAUAGCGCCUUGCAUGACAAAUUUGCAUAAAGUCCUCCUUUGCUUUUUGGCAGCGCUUUUGGAUUGUUAUUGGUGCAAAAUCGAGAUCUUUUUGCGUCGCAUAGCUCUUUUCGCCACCAGUUCUUGAAAACCGGAAAUCAGUAGAGCGGUGUUAAAGCAGAACGAAGGACGAGAAUGAAGAAUGCACAUGAAUUUACAACAUGUACAGGAACUUCAAAACGAAGCAUUACCAUAACAGCGUUCUGCGCGCACCGCAUCACCGGCAGCGGCGAAAAAAAAAAAAAACAUUAAACAUUGCGUUUGCGACUAGUACGUCC